GAUAACGUGGACCUGCUGAGAGAGCUGGGUGGUGUAGCAUUUGUAUACAACCUGUCCAAAUCCACCAUUGUUCAUUCAGAUGUAAAGGAGGUUGCUCUCUUUACACUUGGCACUCUUGCAGAAGCCAAUGUGUAUUGCAAGAAUUCUCUGUGCAGAAAGGAGAUUUUUGCAGACAUUGCUAGCUUGCUGGUCAAAGAAGACGUCCCACUUACUCAGAAGAGGGUGUCUGUAUAUAUGCUGUUUGUCCUGGUAGCCAACAACAAGUCAGGACAGACUUUAGCUCAAGCUACUGGCUGCCUGGACAUUGUGCUGGAGCUCUUCAGGACCACUUUCCCCCUGUCCACAGGCGGUAAUUUAAGAAUUUCAUCUCAAACCUUCCAACUAUGGGCAUCUCUGUCUAGUGCCCUGUGUGGGUGUGUCAACAAUCCUCAGAAUGAAGAGGCUCAGCGUAUUUGUGUGGCAGCCUUUCCCAUGAUGAAAAUCUGGCUUCAGCAGAUUUCAGUGCCCUGCGCUGAAAUCUUUCAACCCAUAUGCUCCUUUAUUGCAAUGACAGUUGCAAAUAAUUCGUGUGUACAGGAGAGUUUUUCUGCCUCUGGGGGUUUGGAAACACUUACCCUUGCGCUGGUCAGUCAAGCCUCUGCUGCAGAUAGAAGCUCACUGGCUUGUCAGCUGUCUGUCAUCAUGUCCAAGACCCUGUCGGCAUGCAUCACCGAUAACUCUUCUGUGGCUGCAGGUCUGGCUCAGUAUGGUUUGGUGUCCCACCUUUUCUCCCUGCUGACAAGCUCCUACCUGGACCCUGAUGACAGACUUUCUGUCUUGCUGACAAUUGGACAGUGCACUCAGGCCUCUGCAGAGCACCAGUCACAGCUGGUGGAGUGUGGAGGCCUCCCACCUACGAUAACUUUCCUCACAGAGGACAAGAGUGAGGAGGUUAGGAAGGCUGCUACUUUUAUAUUGGAUACUUGCAAAAAGGCCAUACCUGGAUUAAAACAGGCUGAAAACGAGGAACCCUUUCCAAACAUUGAGGACUUCAAGAGUUCAGCCAGGGAAUUGCUCCACAGGAUUGCUUUGUUAGAGGACAGACAGCUGAAGGAGGUUGAAGAUAAGCAGGAAGACCCAUCAAAUCUAAUGGAAGAUCUGGACCUGCCAUCUCAGUUCUCUGCUUUACCUGUGCUAGCACAGCAGAAGGAAAGCAUAAAAGACAUCCACAGACUGAAGAGCACACAACAGGAAAGUGGAAGUGGCAUCAGACCUCAAACAGCCACAAACACCACUGACAAAGAGAUUGAAAGUGAAAUGAAGAAAUUUCAGGACAGUUUAGGUUUUCUGAGAGAGAAAAUGAAAUCCAACAGAGAUGAGAGCUGUGCAAUGUGCAAGGGAGGAGGAGUCCAGAUGUCUUCUCACAAACAGUCACCAGAGAGAGGCAUCGAGUCACAUUCUGUGAACAGAAAAUCAUUCAAACGUCCAUUACCAGUGUGGCAGACCAAACUGAAAGAGGCUGACUUCCCUGAUGAUUUACAGGACCUCCAGAAAAAGGUGGUGGAUAGAAUUCCACUGGGGGAACGCUCUGGCUCUCAUAUCCGGUGUGCACAUGUGGUUGUGAUUUUGUUUCCCUGUAACUCUCACUCUCUAACUGACAUACAGUGUAAUCUUUUAUUGAAAUUUCCUCUCCUAUGCUCUACCUCUAAAUACUUAAAGAAAAAGAAGAGGCAGGACUUUAGCAAAGAGGAGGUGCGAUACUUGCUGUCUGGGGUGAAGAAGUACGGCUUCUCCUGGAACUCUAUCUUGUGGUCAUAUCCCUUCCAACCUGGACGCACCAAUGUUGACCUGGCCAAGAAAUACAGGAGACUAAUGGUAAUGUGA